GAUAACACCGGUCAGAAAGCCCUGUACCUCGACAUGACGACUAACCAUUCUAAGUGGAGUGAUGUCGGGAAAGAACACGAUUCGACAUCGAUCGGAUGGAGGGAAAGUUCCUCGUCGUGGGAUCGGUGACGGUCUAGACUUCUGGGGUCGGGGGUCUAGACCGAAAAGCGACGAGAGGAAAUUGAACCCGCCCGCGGAGCCAUGUGCGAUCCAAUAAUCCAUGGCCAUUCUUCCAUGCACGAUUCACACCACUGGAAUCGCCGGAAUGGAUUGUCCGCGGAUGUGGAGGAGCAAGGCCGUGCAAGGGUUUCAAGCCACGAAGGAGCCACGCCUGAACUGAAAUGAAGACCGCUUCUGGAGGCUGGAGGGAAUCAAGGACCGCUUGUGAAACUAUAAUAUUGGGUCAGACCGCCAGUCCACUCUGUACUCCAGCUUUUCAAGUCGCACUCGCAGUAUGGCAACCGUGGUGCAACACCAGGACGAUAUUUGACCUUUGUCCUCGCAAGAUCAGCAAUGAUCAAUUGAACCGGAUAAGCCUCCGAGAUCUCAACCCCGGAGAAGCCCCAACCUUCGGGCUAAUUCCCUUAGCGCUCAUCCUGGACGCGUGGGCCGUCGUUCUGAGUGGUCGCGGACCGGGGAUCGCAUGUUGCGUGUUGGGACGUUCGGGACAGCGAGUCCCGCGGAGCGGUUCUGCAAGACCGUUCUGCAUCGCUCCAGGGCUACGCGAAAUCGAGAAAAACGCUAGACCGACCUCGUGGAUAUCACGCCGUUGUGGUUCCAUUCUUGCAUAUCCGACUCGGCGCGGGCUGACUGACCACCCACCGUACCCCCUUCAUAAAAAUCCUUCGACGCCUAAACGCGGCAGUAUCGGCGCUGAGGGUGUUCGCGGUUCACAUCGCUACAGAUAUAUACUUAGAUUAAAGCAUUCCAAUACGAAUUGCUGGAUGCAUGCUUGGCGGGCUGAUACUGGUAAAUGGUUGGCAAGUGUUAGUGCCCUCAGCCAACGCCCUGCAGCCGCGGGAAGGUUCCAUUUACAGCUGCAUACGUGAAGCGGAUAAAGAUCAUUGGGCGAUGAAGUUUGACCUUUGAAGCGAUUUUCCCCGAAAGGAGAAAGCGCAUGCAGUGUCCGAUGCGAUCACUAGUGCAUGACCGACCGCUAUGUUUCUAGAACAGGUUCGCGACAUUCACCUUGACGAGAGUACUUGCUUCUGCGGCACGUUGUGGUGUCCUGUGGCCCGCCUGCACGUCGAAUUCCGUCAC